ACUGACUGAAGCGGCGCUGGGAGCGGCUGUCGGACGCCGGCGGAGCGGCGGACUAGGAAGAAGAUGAGCCUGAAGUCCGAACGCCGGGGAAUUCAUGUGGAUCAGUCUGAGCUUCUGUGCAAGAAAGGAUGCGGUUACUAUGGCAACCCUGCCUGGCAGGGUUUCUGCUCCAAGUGCUGGAGGGAGGAGUACCAUAAGGCCCGGCAGAAGCAGAUCCAAGAGGACUGGGAAUUGGCAGAAAGACUUCAGCGGGAGGAAGAAGAGGCCUUUGCCAGCAGCCAGAGCAGCCAGGGAGCCCAGUCCCUCACGUUCUCCAAGUUUGAGGAAAAGAAAACCAACGAGAAGACCCGCAAGGUCACCACAGUGAAGAAGUUCUUCAGCGCCUCUUCCAGGGUCGGAUCCAAGAAGGCAGAAAUUCAGGAGGCCAAGGCUCCCAGUCCCUCCAUAAACCGGCAAACCAGCAUUGAGACGGACCGAGUGACUAAGGAGUUCAUAGACUUUCUCAAGACCUUCCACAAGACAGGCCAAGAGAUCUAUAAGCAGACAAAGAUGUUUCUGGAAGCAAUGCAUUACAAAAGGGACUUAAGCAUCGAGGAACAGUCAGAAUGUGCUCAGGACUUUUACCAGAACGUGGCUGAAAGAAUGCAGACCCGAGGGAAAGUGCCUCCAGAGAAAGUGGAGAAGAUAAUGGAUCAGAUCGAAAAGCACAUAAUGACCCGUCUUUAUAAGUUCGUGUUCUGCCCAGAGACGACUGAUGAUGAGAAGAAGGAUCUCGCCAUUCAGAAGAGGAUCAGGGCUCUGCACUGGGUGACACCUCAGAUGCUCUGUGUUCCUGUCAACGAGGAAAUCCCUGAAGUGUCUGACAUGGUGGUGAAGGCGAUCACAGACAUCAUCGAGAUGGACUCAAAGCGUGUGCCUCGGGACAAGUUAGCCUGCAUUACCAGGUGCAGCAAGCACAUCUUCAACGCCAUCAAGAUCACCAAGAAUGAGCCAGCCUCCGCCGACGACUUCCUGCCCACCCUCAUCUACAUCGUCCUGAAGGGUAACCCCCCUCGCCUGCAGUCCAACAUCCAGUACAUCACUCGUUUCUGUAACCCCAGCCGCCUCAUGACAGGCGAGGACGGCUACUACUUCACCAACCUGUGCUGUGCUGUGGCUUUCAUUGAGAAAUUAGAUGCUCAGUCUUUGAAUUUAAGUCAGGAGGAUUUUGACCGAUACAUGUCUGGCCAGACUUCCCCGAGGAAGCAGGAGUCUGAGAGUUGGUCCCCGGAGGCCUGCUUAGGUGUGAAGCAAAUGUAUAAGAACUUGGACCUCUUGUCUCAGUUGAAUGAACGGCAGGAAAGGAUCAUGAACGAAGCCAAGAAACUUGAAAAAGACUUAAUAGACUGGACGGAUGGAAUUGCCAAGGAAGUUCAAGACAUUGUUGAGAAAUACCCACUUGAGAUUAAACCCCCAAACCAACCAUUAGCAGCCAUCGACUCUGAAAAUGUAGAGAAUGACAAGCUCCCCCCACCGCUGCAGCCUCAGGUGUAUGCAGGCUGAUGUCUUGGACACCGUAUUUAUGUGGGGCUGAUUGCAGGGAGCUGCUGUGUUCCACAGUUCAGGUCUGGAAUAUGAAUUAACUGCUUAAAGUUUCAAAGUAUUUUUAAGGUACAGCUUAGGGAUUGUUUAUUUUUUUUCUUUUUAUUUUUUUUCUUAGCAGGGGAAGCUUAGUAAAUAAUAAUGCAAUAUUUAUUUGAGUUGGUGAAGUAGGUUUGUGUGAAUUCUGUGUCAAUCUUUUAUGUCCUCCCUAAUUUUUCCAUGGGCUUCCUCUGUGGUAGACAUUGUUGGUUUUGGACAAAUACUGCCUUUAAAAGGAUAAAACAAAUGCUACAAAGUCUAUGUUGAAAUGAGUUCUAUGUUCCCACACUCUUCCAGUGUGAAAUAAUUUUGUAAUUGUAAAGAUAGAAAAUAAUGUUAAUAAGUAAAUAUGUAAAAUUGUAAAUAUGUAAAAAAAAAAAAGGGUUAAGGGAGGGAUGGUGUCUGCGUGCAUGGCAUUUCACGGGCUAAUUUUUUUUUUUUUUUUAGGUAAAAAUGAAAUAUAUUGAAUGUUUGCCUUUAGCACCAUUUUAUUUGGUUUGUUCCACUAAAACUAAUCUAAAAAAUUUGGGCUUCACCUUUAACAGUACAUUAGCACUAACUGCCCUAAAUCUGAGGUCCUUUCGGGUACAUGUUACGAAGUGUGACACCAACUUUUAGGUCGCAUAAGGUAUUGUUCUACGAUCCUGGUGAGGUGGCUCAGUUGUGAAGUGCUUUCCACAUCACUGUGAGGACCUGAGUUCAAUGUCCAGCACCCAUGUCAAAAGCUCGCCAUGGUGACGUGCACUUGCAGCGGCCCUGCCGGGAGGCAGAGGCAGGCAGGUUCCGGGGCCGCCAAGUGCCAAGCUUUGCCUCACCUAACCGCUCAGUUCCAGGUUCCAGGGAGAGACCCCGUCCAAACAAAGAAAUCAAGACAGAUGGCUCCUGAGAAAGGACACCCAAGGUUGACCUCUGGCCUCCACAUGCCCACGUAUGUGCCUGUGAACCUGUACAUACUUGUACCACACACAAGUAAACACAUAGAGUUGCUAGUUAGUACAGUUGACUUUGAGCUGUACUUGUAGCAUCCUUUCUCUUACUCAUCCAGUAAAGUUCCCCACCUCUUGUGGGGGUUGUUGCUGUUUUGA